CAACGAUGCAUUAUUUCAGCUACUUCAUGCCCAUCUAGGGCACACUUAGACAAGCGUUCGGUGAGGAGAGGCUCAGUUCGCAACGCUAGAAGACGAUACCAUUAGGCUAGAACAAGAGGCCGAAAGGCACGACGGCACACAUAGCAAUUAUUGUUUACUUGGGAAAGUUUACAGCUGCAGCUAGCUGGCAUGACAACAACCACUGUGACUGCUACAUCUCGAGCCCUACAUGGACGAGAAAUUCAUAUCUCGUGCCUUUGCCACAAUGGGAGAACUGGCUGUGAACGUUCGGAUAAUCCGAAAUAAAACGAACUGGGGUGCAGCAGGCUACUGUUUUGUGGAGUUCCCAGAUGAAGCCACAGCUGAAAGGUGCCUACGGAAGAUCAACGGGAGGUUGAUCCCUGGUGCCACCCCGCCAAGGAAGUUCAAGCUGAAUUACGCUACCUAUGGAAGCAGAGGAGAGACAAGCAGCAGAGGCAGAGGUGGCUACACAGACAACAGCUACAGCCAACCUUACUCCUACAAUGACAACCAGUACUACCCGCCUGCGCCGCCCUACCCCCAGCAGUACCCAGACUACUACUCAAGCUGGGGCUACAACCAGAGCACAGGAGGCUACAAUGGAUACGACUACAGCCAGUUUAACUACACUGAGCCGCCACCACAGUUGCCUGAAAAGGUUGAAAAAGUCGACAAAGAAAAAGUGGAGAAAGAGGACAACAAGAAAACGGAAGAGAACAACAACAGCAACCACCAGGAAGAGGAAUCAAUCAGUAAACACGCCAGAGAGAAGUUUGACGUGGCUGCAGCCAACAGGCGAUACAUGGUGGACAGCGAGGAGCUGUAUGACGCCCUCAUAGAAUGCCACUGGCCCACACAGAACACACUGGCGGACAUUAGCAGUAUGGCCUAGGUCUAAUUGAAGCCCUCUCAGCCAGCCCCUUAACAUUAUGGACUGAAACUCCCGACACAAACUCUAGCCUUGCCUCAUCCGGGCUCACUGGAACUAAAACCUUGUUGGUUGAAGUGGAGUGGAGUGGAAAGAAGAUGCGCGCACACCAUAAUAGGUCAUGUCAUACCUAUGUGUUUUCCUCACCUGUCACAGGAAGUGGCCAGUGGUGUGUGUGUGUGUGUGCGCGCACGCGUGUGUGUGAGAGAGAAAAAUAAAUGUCUUGGGACACAGUCCUCAGGAAUAGAAGAAACAAGCGAAAUAAACUGAACGUGAACAAGACUCCACAUGUUAUUUUCAUGAUGGGAUAUUGUUCAUUGGCUGUUUUGUUUAAAACCAUUCAGCAAGACCCUUUUUUAAGAGUGUUUCUCCUUAUGCCCUGUAAAUUGCUUUUAUGAUGUCGGUGCUAGAGUAACGGUGACUUGUCCAUCUUGCUCUUGGCACUCCGUGUGGAUAUGUCGCGGUGGACAUUUUUGAUGGUGCAGAGAUGGGAUAUUUGCACAUGCUGUGACUCACUGUGUUAAUGCCUGUACAUGAACAAAGCCUACAUGGGGCUUCAAAUCCGGCCUGUGUCAUUUUAUAUCUGUACUCCAACUCUCUGUACCCCUCAUUGCCUUCCAUAACCUUCACUGUCCUGACACCUCACCAUCCGCCUCCUUUAAAGGGUAGUAGAGGGCAGAAAAAGAUACAAGAGACAUGUCAGUUUUUCUUCCACACUGACAGUCAAGUAGUUGUUGCAGCCACAGAUCUAGAGGUCUUCUAUUCAGAUCUGUGGUUGCAACUGUAUGAGCGUUGUUAUGAGCAGUCAAUCGGCCCUCCACAUGGAAAUUCCAAAUGGAGCAAUCUCCACAAAUCAGCUUUGAGAGAGUUGACAGGCCAUGGACAUCUUAUGAAGAUUUAUUUUCAUUUUUCAUUUUUUGGUAUUGUAGAAUUGCUUUUGAAUUGACUGGGAAUAAAUAUUCGAAAAGCGA